UCCAAUAUCGAGUGAACAUUCCCAGUUUGACCACAAAGCACCACCAAAAUGUUCAAGUUUUUGCUUCUGGCUACGCUCGUUCCAGCUGUUAUGCUGCAGAACGCCGACAACGUUGACCACCAGUCCUGGUCACAGGUUGCCUUCCGUCCAUGUGCCGGAGUUCGUCCUUCUCCCAGCGCAGUGCGCAUUGAAAAUUGCGACUCGCAGCCAUGUUUGCUGCCUCGUGGAAGUGACGCCAACAUGGCUAUGGACUUCACUGCUCUUCAGGAGGUCACCGACCUGCGCCCCCUUGUGCGGGCUACUGCCUUGGGAAUCACUGUCCCCUACGAGCUGCCGGCGGAACGUGCCGCUGCUUGCAACUGGUUGGUGCUGUCCCGUUGCCCACUCUCGACCGGAGAAGAGGUCACUUUCCAUCUGAGCAUGCCGAUUACUGCCAUCUACCCGUUGGUCGGUGUGACCAUCGAAAUCGAUCUCGUGGAUCAGACCCAGCAGUCCCACGGAUGCUUCAUCGUUGAUGCUCGUGUUGUUGCGAACUGAAGCGACUUGGAAAAAGCAUGUUUCUAGUCUAAUAAAUAUAAGUUUUUUGUGCA